AUGCAUGGAAACGAGUUUGUCUCAGCAAAGCGCUUACUUCAGGCAGCUUUAGAGGAUGGACCCAUAGGGUUCAUGUUAUUGGAAGUACCACCCUCAUCACUCCUGGCCUUCGGUUUUGUUCCUACCAGUGCCGACAAAGGAGUAGAGAUGGAGGUUGAGAUCGAGAACAAGGUGACGGCAACGGAUAUACCAAAGCCAUACCAACACCUUUGUGAUGUGUUCGACGAGGUGGAGGCAGACAGGCUUCCCCAGCAUACCGAACAUGAUCUCCACCUUGAACUAAUAGAAGGAAGUCGACCGCCUCAAGGCCCAUUGUAUCUCAAGGGGCCUAAAGAAAUGUCUGAAUUGAGGAAGUAUCUGGACGAGAACCUCGCGAAGGGAUUCAUAGGACCGUCGAAGAGUCAAGCAAGGUCACCUGUGCUAUUUGUACCUAAAAAAGACAGAGGUCUCAGGCUUUGUGUGGACUAUUGGGGACUCAAUGAGAUUACUGUCAAGAACAGGGCUCCGUUGCCCCUCAUCGAGGAGCAACUGUUCCUGCUCUGGAAGGCGAAGUUCUAUUCCAAGCUAGAUCUCCGAGCAGCAUACAACCUCAUUCGCAUCGCGAAAGGAGAUGAAUGGAAAACAGCGUUUGGUACACAAUUGGGACUAUAUGAGUACCUUGUGAUGCCAUUCGGGCUAGCAAAUGCACCAGCUCAUUUCCAAUCAUUCAUCAAUGUCAUCUUCCAAGACAUUAUCAGAGUAUAUGUUGUGGUAUACUUGGAUGACUUCCUCAUCUUCAGUGACACAGAGGAAGCACACAUACGACAUGUCACUGAAGUUCUCACCCAUUUGAGAAACAAUUGGCUGUUUGCUAAACUGUCAAAGUGUGAGUUCCACACCACGACAGUAGAGUUUCUAGGGUAUAUCAUCAAACCCACAGGGGUAGAGAUGGAUCCUGAGAAACCACUAACAUCACUGGUGAAACCGACAGAACAUUUCAAGAAGUUUGAGUUGCCGGAAGAAGCUCAACAAGCUUUCCACAAACUCAUCCAAGCAUUCAUGAUGGCCGGAGUACUACAGCACUUCAAUUACCACCUUCCUAUGAGGCUGGAAACAGAUGCAAGCGACUUUGCCAUUGCUGGAGUGCUCAAACAAGAGCAUGAAGGACGCUGGCACCUGGUAGCAUUUUAUUUGAGGAAGAUGUCGUCAGCUGAGAAAAACUAUGAGAUCCAUGACAAGGAGCUCCUAGCAGUGGUCACCUGCCUCACUCAACAAGCAAGAUGGGCAGUAUUGUUAGCAGAUCUCGACUUUGUGCUACAAUAUCGGCCAGGAGACAAGGGUGGCAAACCCGAUGCUCUCACCAGACAAGCUGAUAUGCAGCCAGUCGGGGAAGAGCAGGAGCACAACAUUCGACAACUACUGCCCCCCCAGGUGUUUGAACAAGUCGAAAACGAAAUCGUGACAGGGAGUGACGAUUCCGUAUUAGUGGCUCCCAUCCUCACAAUGGAGUCUAUAUCCAUGAAAGGAAUCAAAGAUCUGGCAAGAAUCUUCCAGCCUCUGGAUCCCAAGCUGCAGGAGAUUCACCUAAGGAAGCCAUUCGAGAUCAGGGAUGACUUAUGGUAUAGUGGCAGACAGUUGGUUAUCCCCAAGCCACUCGCUACCCCGGACAGGCCAUGGGGCUCAAUAUCCUUGGACUUCAUUGAAGGAUUACCACCCUCAAAGGGAUAUGAUUCAUUCCUGGUCAUUGUCGACAGAUUGACCAAGUUUGCUAUUCUGGCCCCUACAUACCAAAUGGUCACAGCGAAACAGACUGCUGUGCUGCUAUGGGGACACCUGGUUAGACACUUCGGUUAUCCAGAUCACAUGGUCUCGGACCAAGGCAGGCAGUUUAUCUCAGGAGCAUGGAAAGCAUUUGCCGAUCAAAUGGGUAUGAAACAUUCACUCAGCACUGCUUAUCACCCUCAAACAGAUGGGCAAACAGAAAGGGUCAACCAAGUAGUAGAGCAGUACCUUCGUAUGUAUUGCAACUAUGAACAGAAUGACUGGGCUAGCUUGCUCAACACUGCAGCAUUUGUGUACAACAAUACCAUACACAAUAGCAUCGGUGUCUCGCCAUUCUUUGCAUGUUAUGGAUGGAACCCGAAAGCCCAUCCUGACAUUCCUCAACACCUAGGAGUGAAUGACCCCGAACAUUCUGAGUACUUGCUUGAUGGCAAGGAGUGCUGCAAGUACCUCCAAGAACAGAUUAGGGAAGCACAGCGCCGUACAGUGGACCAUUAUAACAGGAAACACAAAGACAUUGAAUUUAAGGUUGGUGACAUGGUAUACAUCAAUCGCAAGAACUGGAAGACCAGACAACCAACACCAAAGCUGGACACCAGGUUCGCAGGACCAUAUCCAGUUCAGGAAAGGGUAGGACAUCAAGCCUAUAGGAUUACAUUACCAGCAAACCUCCGAGUUCAUGAUGUGUUCCAUGUGUCAUUGCUCGAACCAGCUAGGAACAGUUCCAUCCCUCAACAAUCGACACAACCAAUUGUACCACCACUACCAGAUGAGGACCUUGACUUCGAAGUUGAAGCCAUUACCAGCAAACGGUUACACAACAGGGUGACAGAAUACAAAGUGCUUUGGAGGGGGUACCCAGAGGAGGCUGCCUCUUGGGAACUGUUGUCGCAUCUCAACUGUCUGGACCUCAUCCGGGAGUAUGAGGUUUCAGCAGGGGGACGAAACUAA